UUGAGUGAGUUUCGUAAUGCAGAAGAAACAGAGUUACAGUCUCCUAGAGAUUUAUUGCAUCCACUCCAAUCAAAAUAUUGCAUCCUCUGAACUAUCCCAGAUGAGAAAAAUACAGUACUGCACACUCACUCACCCGUUCAUCAUUCAUCACCUUGAUGAUGGAGGCAACAAGGGCCUCUGAAACAUUGGUGAACUUCUACCACACUACACGGCGCUACAACCUAGAAGAGGGCCAUCUUCGUGGUUCACAUCGUUUACUUUUAAGCAAACAUCGUAUGACAGGAUCCAGAAAAAGAAUUUUAAAAAAGAAAAAAAAAAGCGAAAGGAAUCGUGGUACACGAACUUCAACGCGUCGGCACUUAUUGAUUAUGAGCACCAUGCCUUUUACCACGCGGCUAUUUCAAACACUUACUAAAUCAUAUACUAACUUUAUAUUACUAUACAUCAUUUGUUCUAUUCAGCAAGCUUUCGCAGAGCGUUUGUCAUUUGUUGUGUGUUUGUUUGUGAUGGAAGAGGUUAGACAUUGGGUCCGUGUUAUUUUUAUAGUGAAACAGUACAGUAGGAAACUUAGUGUUAACAUCACAAAUGCCAGCAGUGUUAAAGAAUUGUUUAUUGGAUUAUAAGUGUGGAUUAAGCGUGUCCCUGUCGAAGUGGGUUCCAGAAACUUUCUGGACGGCAUACAUGGCUACGUGGAUAGUUAAACACACAGUGCGAGCCGCAGAUGUCCCUGUCACACAUACUGAGAAGCAACGACGCCUGACGUUCUUCUAAUGCAGAAAUAAUCAUGCGGACGUGUUGUGAUGUCGUUGACAGUUUUGCGUAAUGGCUUAUCUGGAUGAAUGGUGCAGUUCUUCGCCUGUGUUCCUGUCCUCGUCACUUGUCGUCAAAUUGAAUCUAAGGAAUCCCGAGUCCUGUUACACGUCCUGCUGCCAGGCUCGCAGUUUACAACAAUUUCCGAUGGUGGAGAAUCGUACUGGGCCACAGACCAUAGAAUUUCUCACAAAACGCGUUAUGGCACUUGGCGCAGUGCAAACUGGACAGUUUCUGGUUGACUGUGACACCUUCAUGUCAGUGCAGGGUCUCGGUGAGUUCUUCUACAUCUUAUGUCGUGCUCGUCGUUUCUGUGGUAACGUACCCUGUGCAUAUGUUAACUUCCAUUUACCUAUAUAAGCCUAUCGGCGUGCUACAUUAUUAAUAG